AUGUGCUCUCGGCAGGAGAGCGGCAACGGAAACUACGACACGCGCCUGCUCUACGGUCAAGUCAAGAAGCUUCCCUUCAGGGAUCACAACAUCUGCAAGCUGCGGAGCCUCGUCAGUUUCUGCGAGCAUGCGACUGAGUUCCUGAACGAAAGCGAUGAGAACGUAGUAGCCAUACACUGCCAGGCAAGUCACGACCUGACGGCAGCCGCUUGCAAGUUUGAAAGUUUUUUUCGUCAGGGUGGGAAGGGCAGGACAGGCACGUUCUGCUCCUCUCUGAUGCUCUGGACGAAUCUCUUUCAGUCUGCCGAUCUCGCUCUGUCCUACUUCGCCAGUAGAAGGACUGACACGAGCCGCGGGAGCGGUGAGCUACAGAAAGUGGCGGCCCCGUCGCAGAUCCGUAAGUGA